AAAUCUGUUUUUAUUUUUCAAUUCCCAUUUGUAGGAGAGAGAUUUAGUGAUGUGGUUGGUAGCCCAUAUUACGUUGCACCAGAAGUCUUAUGCAAGCAGUAUGGUCCAGAAGCAGAUGUUUGGAGUGCUGGAGUGAUUCUUUACAAUCUGUUAAGUGGAGUGCCUCCAUUUUGGGCAGAGAGCGAGCAAGGGAUAUUUGAAGAAGUAUUACAUGGUGACCUAGACUUUUCAACAGACCCAUGGCCUAGUAUUUCUGAAGGUGCCAAAGAUUUAGUAAGGAAAAUGCUUAUUCGAGAUCCCAAAAGGCGGAUAUCUGCACAUGAUGUUUUGUGUGAGUUUUUAUCACUGGCACAGCAUCUGUUUGCACUGAAAUUUUCUGGCUCCUUUGUUUUUAAAGAGAAUGUUCUUUCAUUCUUAAAGAUUUUGCAGACUGUAAUUAGGCAGAAGAAGAAGAUGAGGAGUAAAACAUCCAGGAUAACAGGGAUGGAACUCAACAAGUUUUGCAAUCUUGUUUCUAAAUUAAAUAGUAAUCCUUUUGCCUUUUAUGUGAAGAAAGUUGGCAACUGUGUAUCUUCUUCAAAUUCCCAAAAGGUCAUUUUUUAUUUUGUUAUGUUUUUAAUAUUUCAGUAUUUUAUGGAGUUGAUGAAAGUUCCUAGAGUGGAAUCAAAAUUGCGAGUGUUCUCUUUCAAGAUUCAGUUCAACUGCCAGAUUUCAGAAUUUAAAAAGAGUUUGAACACUGUGAACUCUGCAUGUGAAGAGGUCCGGAAUUCCCUCAAAUUAAAAGAUAUUAUGAAGAAAAUUCUUUCUCUGGGUAAUACUUUGAACCAAGGGACUGCAAGAGACUUAGUUCCUUUUAUGGCCAUAAAUCCGGAAGUUUAUCGAAGUAUUAGAUUAAACAAAACUUACACAAUGAGGGGUUGUGAUAAGCCAAUAGCUGUACGUUUUGCAGAACCUAAGAAAAUUAGGAAUGGAGAAGCAAGGAAAACAACCAACCUGGGUGAUUCCAUGGUGGGGCAUAACCGGCCUAAUGCACCUCAUCUGGCACAACAUUUCUCGUUAACUAAACAACCACAAGCAGAUUCUUCGGUGGCAAACCAGGAACCUCCGCAGUUGUCUCAGAUGCAGAAUAGAAAAGCAAGUUCUCAACAAUUUCAAGGCGAAGUUCGUGAUUUUCCAAGAUAG